AUGUGUACCCGGCCAGAUAUCGCCACAGUUGUAUCUAUCCUGGGCAGAAAAACCAGCUGCCCAUCGCAAGCUGACUGGGUGGAGGCGAAACGCAUUCUACGGUAUCUUAAAGGUACCAUCAACCACGAGUCAGUCCUGGGAAUAGAUUCCACGCACUUGGAAGUUUUCGUCGAUGCUGAUUGGGUCGGCGAUACCAAGGACCGGAAAUCAACCACGGGCUAUUUGAUCCGGUACGCAGGAGGAAUGAUUGGAUGGUGCUCCAGGAAGCAAGAUUGCGUAACAUUGAGCAGUUUCGAAGCUGAAUAUGUUGCUAUUACGGAAAGCUGCAAAGAAUUAUGCUGGAUAUUACGCCUAUUCGACAAUUUGGGAAUCCACACUCGAUUGCCAGUUAUUGUAAAUGAAGAUAACCAGAGUGCCAUAAAGCAACUUGAGUGCAACUCUAGUGAACGUAGGGAACCUAUACAUUAG